AUGGCCAAACACGUGGACUCGAAAGGUAAGGAUAACCGUAACCUACAAAAUUCUUUCGACCAUGAUUACACUAAAAGUAGUGAUGUUAACGACAUUGAUACUAGCGGUUGUGCAGCCAGUAGUGUCAAUUUUUCUUCGACGACCAGUGUUGCUACACCUGCUAUACCUAAUGAUACUCGUAAUCCUUUAUCAAACGAUAAACUAAUUGAACAAAAUCGAUUACUGAUGGAACAAUUACUAUUACAUCGUUCCACAACGACAGGUUCAUCUGUCCAAAGUAAUAUAUCGAACGGUUAUUAUGUAAUGCCAGAUUUCAAUGAAACAUUGUCGAACUUCGUUGGAACUGAGUCAUACAUUGAAGCGUCAAGUUGGAUCAAGAGCAUUAAUUCGACUGCUGAUCUUCAUAAUUGGCCAGAUUCAUUCAAGUUGGAAACUAUACGAACCAAAUUGAAGGGCGCCGCUCACAAUUGGUACCUGGGACGAACAUUUUCCGACUGGGAGCAUUUCGAAAGACUGUUCAAAGAAACUUUUAUUGGUACACAAACUUCAAUGGUUGAACGUAAAAAAUUGUUAAUUAGUCGCCACCAACAAAGAAAUGAAACAAUUGUAGAAUAUUUUCAUGACAAGUCACGUAUGUGUCGUGAGCUAGCACUUAAUUUUUGUGAAUCUAAACAACAAAUUGUAGAAGGGUUGUAUUCACGUGAAUUAUGUUUAUAUUUAUUGAGCCGAAAUCAUGCUAAUGAAAAUGAACUUUUAAACGAUAUUGUUACUUUUACAAAAAUGAAUGAUUCUCGAAACACACGAUUCAAAAAUGUUAGUCGUCUAUCACAUCCAGAAGCAAUAACCAAAAAUAGUAAUUGUCAACCUGAAGUAGCAACUAAAUUGUCUACCUCCGAUUCAAAUCUCAAGCAGUCAUUUCAAAAGAAGAAAACUCGAUGUUUCAAUUGCGGUUCGUUUGACCACAUCUCAACAGGAUGCACUCAACCGAAACGUCGACCAGGUUCUUGUUUUACAUGUGGGUCUACUGAACACCAGAUCACUGCCUAUCCACAAGGAAAAUCAAAAUUUCAAGCAGUCAAGACUCAAAACAGUUCCAGUAGUGCUGCAAUGAUGCUACCAACGGAAAUGGUAACACCUGCAUAUUUUAUUAAUAUUGAUUUAAGAAUUUCUGAUAAGUAUGUCUCAAAUAUUUUAGCCAUGAUAGAUACUGGUAGUCCAGUAAGCUUACUUAAAGAAAAAUUCUAUCCCUUAGAAUGUACUCCCCUUAUGCCCCCAUCUAAUUCCGGUAUUGUAGGAAUCAAUGGAUCUGAACUUAUUAUACUUAAUCAGUCUUUUGUAGAUAUAUAUCCUCCUGAUACUAGUGAACCAAUUAAUGAACCUGAGCUAGAUAUUGAAACAACACUACCAUAUGAAACCCAAAAUAAGAUUAAAGAUAUUGUUAUUACAAAAUAUAUAAAUCCAGACACUAUAAAUCAUGAAUUGAAUACUGUUAAUGUGCCUUUUUCUGAAAUCAAAAUAGAACUUAAGGAUCCUAGUGUGCCCAGUUGUUCUGAAUUUAGUAGCCCAGUAGUGUUGGUUAAAAAGAAAAAUGGUGAACUACGUUUAUGUAUUGACUACAGGGAACUAAACAAAAGGACCGUAAGAGAUAGGUAUCCACUUCCACUCAUUGACGAUCAUCUAGACACAUUGCGUGAUAAACAUUAUUUUACUUGUAUUGAUCUUAAGGAUGGGUUCCAUCAUAUAGUUGUAGAAGAAAGUUCUAGAAAGUUUACUUCAUUCACCCUUUAG